CUCAUUCCCGUUGAUCUGACAACCCCUCAGUCCAGACACAAAUGCUCCGCCUCGCCCCAUCUCUAACGCCCUCGAGCUGAGCGGCUCCGGCGGAACCUUUGUCCUGCGCUCCCUUGUUUCUUUCCGGAGGCCGCUUAGCGUUGGAGCGCGUCUGGGCCCGAUUGCCCCGUUGCCAUGGGGAUUGCCCGGAAGGAGCUUGGGCCCUCUUGAAAAAGCUCCCCCGGCUUCUUCCGGUGUUGCGAAAGCGGCGGCGAGAAGGCUGCUAAGAUGUCGAGCCAAAAGAAGUGUCCAGACUGUGGCUCCUUGGAAAUUGUAGAGGACUCUCAUUAUGCUCAGAACCAGCUGGUGUGCGCAGACUGUGGCUUCAUUCUGACUGAAGGGCUUCUCACAACCACAUAUGCUGAUGAAGAACAUUUACAAGAAGUCACAUAUUCACGGAGUACUGGUCAGAAUGAGCAAACUAGCCGUUGUGUACAGCGAGGAGUCAAACGUGUUCGGGAUCUCUGCAAAGUUCUGCGCCUUCCUUCUCUGUUUGAAGACACAGCCGUGUCCUAUUACCAGCAGGCAAUCAAACGUCCCGGCUUCAGUUUAGUCAUCUUGGAGAAGAAGGAGAUGCUUGUGGGCUGUUGCGUCUUUGUGACCUGCCGCCAGCACAACUGGCCCCUGACCAUGGGCACAGUCUGCCUGCUGCUCUAUGGAGACAAGGAGUUGUUUGCAAAGACCUAUCUACGCUUCCUGAAGGAACUGGCACUGGAUGUGCCUACUCUCAGCUUGAUGGAUAUGGUGAAAACCCACCUCAACAGCUUCAAGAUUUUCCAGAAUUCACCCAGCGUCCCGACUAAGUUUGUGGAAGAAAAGAAGCAGCUGGUGGCAAGGACUGUCCAGAUGGUGGAACUUGCCAGCGACACGUGGCUGGUGACAGGCCGGCACCCCAUCCCCAUAGUGACAGCAGCAGCCUUCCUGGCUUGGCAGUCUCUCCGGCCUGUCGAUCGCCUCACUUGCACCCUUUCCCAGUUCUGUAAGCUUGCUGGUAUGGAGGCUCCCCGGCCAGCCCACCAGAGACUGAAGGAGCUGCAUAACAUCCUCCUGCAAAUGGCUUCUCAGCUGGGCUGGUUGCGAGUGCUGAAAGUGGACCGUCGGAGCGUGGCAAAGUACAUCGGUGACUUUCUGCGGCACCGCCAUGUGCUUCUACAGGCUGCCUUCCGCAUCGUGGAUACUAUGGAAGACCGUGACCUAGAAGACUCAGCGGCUGCGCCACUGCAGCUAAUCGAUGAGAGCGCUGCAACAGUAGAAGAGGCCUCCCUUUCAGGAGAGAAGCAGAAGUUCAGCAAGCGGAAACCUUUGCUCCCACCCUGCAUCUUGAACCCCGCAAAGAGGCUACGAACUCCUCAGCUAAGCCUUGAAGAUUCUGCUAUCACUGGGGAUGAGCCCAUUUUAGACAGUGAGAUAGAGCAGUAUAUCCGGACUCCAGAAGAAAAGGAGAUGUUUAGCAAGGCUCAAGCGUGCCUGUGACCUCGAAGCUGCAAGUGAUUCAGACAGACUUGCAAGCAAUAGCCUUCUGAUACAUAUUUUGCUCUAGGAUGCUUAGUUUGAUGGUACAAGCGUCACUCCAAACCAGGAAAGAAGGAAAAAGAGAGAGGUGAGAUUGAGGUGGAUAUCCAAUUCAUGAGGAGCAACAUGACAGCCAGCAUGUUUGAUCUGUCCAUGAAAGAUAAGUCACGGACACCAUUUGGCAAGCUGAAAGACAAGCUAAAGGGGAAACGAGGCAAUGGAUUGCCAGACACAGCUUCAGCUAUUGUUCCUAGCAUUAGUCACUCCCCGGCUGACAGCGAGGAAGAGCAUAACAUAACAUCAAAGAUCUUGGAUAACCAAAAUGAAGCCGAUAUAAAGAAAUAUGAUCCUUCAGAUCCCGCCUACGCUUAUGGCCAGCUGACACACAGCGAGCUGAUCCAGCUGGUCUUGAAGCAGAAAGAUGUGAUUGCAAAGCGAGAUCAGCAGGUGCGGGAGCUGGAAGACUACAUUGAUAACUUGCUUGUCCGAGUGAUGGAGGAAACCCCGAACAUUCUUGAUUGUUGUGGGCCUGCUCUUAGUAUGACAUCAUCAGAUAUCACCCAUAGAUUUUGACGUUUCCUGAAUGGUGCACUGUUAAUGGCUCUUGAUACUGUACAAUCUCAUUUGCAAACACCAAAGAAUAGGAACAGCUAAGUGGUUCCUGUAGUUUAUUCCUCAUUUGACAUGGCAAUAUUUAUGCAAUGAGAGCCCUAAGUUUGGAGAUUGGUAGAAAAAUUAAUACUGUCAUGUUUGAAUAUAAGACUUGGACUGUGAGCUUGGACUCCAUGUUCCUGUUGUCCUACAUGGAGUGUGGUGCUUGUUGAAUAGAUUUGUCUAUCUUCUUGCAUAGUGCUAAUUCUCUUGAUGAAAUCCUCCGGCUGAUGCUGUCACCUUGCCUCAACUAGGUCAAUGAUUUCAGGUGAUUGAAAGGGGAGGAACUCUUGUCUACCAUAUCUAAAAUCUUCAGGGCCUGUGGUGUUUUCACAUAUCUGUGGCUCCAUAAUAGCUGGGGCAUAAAGUCUGUAAGGGCAAACUUCUUGCAUGUAAAACCAGGAUUUAGAUACUUGGGCAUCUUUUUAAAGCUAGUAUAUCUCAUUUAAAUGAACCAAAUUGCUUUUUAAAAACUUUAUUUUAAGAGGCUUAAUGCCUCUUUGCUCCUGCUGGAGCCAUAAGCACACAGGCACAUGCUUUUGGGAACAAGUAUUUUAUUGAAAUAUAGUUUUACUAUGUACUAGAAAAUGUUUAUUCCUGAUGGUUAUAUGGUCCCAAAGUACAGUG